UGUUCUACACAGUUACUAGAAAAUUGAUAACGAUUAACCCGCGUGGUCAAUAUGCGAGAAAAUAUUUGAAAUUAAAAUGUUUAAAUUUUGAAUAAUUUAGUUUUUUUGGGUAUUCUAUCUUCGUCGGGAGCAAAAAUAUUAUACUAUUAUAUACCAUCUUACCUCUCUUGUCCUGUCAACAUAAUUUUCUUUCGAAUAUCAUCUAUGGAGCAAGCCGAGUUUUCAGUUGUCACAGACAGACACAAUGGCAUACCAUCGACAAAUGGACCCAGACUCGGGACGCUGAAACAUUCAAACUCUAAAGUCAUCACUCCGGCGUUCAUGUUUUACACUAAAUGUGGAAGUGUGCCAUACAUUUCGAGAGAAGUAUUCGAAAAAAUUGUGCCCGAUGAUCAGGUGUUGUUUAAUUUCCCGUUGCCAACAUGUUUGAGUUUCCACCAACCACUGAAAGAGUUUAAACGCGGUCUCAACGCGUUUGUUGGUCUUGAGAAGUAUUUGUCGUGCUGUUCAAUAACUGACUGUGCGGUGGAUAACCCACAAGGUUACAAUAAAAAAGACAGUGUUGCUAUUAAAACCAAAAGUGGAAAUCAAUUAAUCAACUAUGGAAAAUAUAUGGAUAUCAUAGAAGUAUUCAAACCCACAAUGUAUGUUACCCUAAGCAUUUCGGAUAUUAAUUUGGAUAGUUCACCUUCAGCAAUUGAAAAGUCAGUCAACAUUUCAAAUAGACUUUUUAAGAGUUGCUUAGAACGGCAUCAUCAAUCUGAAGUAUUAAAACAAAGUUGUAUGAUUGCUCCAAUACAAGGUGGUUAUAAUGUACAAGAAAGAAUUCGAUCGGCAACGUUUUUAUCAGAAUAUCAUGAUGAUGUAAUAGGAUUUCUAUUUGAUGGAUUUUUUACUGAUGGAAGUAUUGUCGAAGAAAUUCCUAGUGAUCUUAUUCUACCCAUUGUAAAUAAAACAAUGGAAUGUCUCCCAUAUGAUAAAAUGAAAAUCAUAUUUGGUGCCUGGACUCCAAGUUUAAUAAUUGAUUUUAUAAACAGUGGAGUGGACAUGUUUGAUUCAUCUUUCCCAUACAUUACAACUGAACGAAAUUCGGCUUUAAUAUUUGAUUAUAGUUUAAAAUAUAAAAAUGAAAGUAUUAUCAUGGACAUUCUUAAUCAUAAAACAGAUGAAAAUGUAGACAGUUCAAAUGACUAUGAAAUAUGUUUGACAGAUACAAGUCAUUUUGAGAAAUUUGUACCAAUAAAAGAUUCAUGUACGUGUUUGACCUGUAAAAAACAUACUCGAUCUUACAUUCAUCAUCUACUGGUCUCAAAUGAGCUUCUAGGUUCUAUAUUAUUAACUAUACACAAUCUACAUUACUUUAAUCAAUUUUUCAAGGAUAUUCGUGAAGUAUUGAUGAAAAAAUAAAUAAAAAUUCUAAUUUAUUUUAAUAA